AUGAAUUACGUAUCAGUUUUCGUAUUUUUUGUAACUCUAAUAUUUGUAUUCGUUUUCGGACAGGAAUUAGAGGAAGAAAAAGAUGUUGAUGAAUUAUUGAGAAAGUUUAAUGAUGAUCAUGUUAGUAAUAUGAAAGAGUGAGUUAGUCUAAGUCAUCAUAAGAUUUCUGAAAUCUGGAAUUGAAUUCAAUUUUUCAAGCGAAUAUUCUCGAAUUGUGUUGGAGGGCAAACAAGAUGAAUUGAUUGUAAAAAUUGGAUUUUUAGCCAUGUAUUUUCGAAUCUUCAGAAAAUUGGUGCCAGUUUCAUAUGACGAUAUUGGGUAACCAUUUUUCUACUUGUACUAAUUUCUUUUGAGACAUUUUGUAGAAUAGAAUAUGUCUAUCAGGAGAACAGUGAAAAUUUUGAUGUGGGGGUCGCUGAAAAUUGCACCGAAUCUUUGGAAACGUGUGUUGAUAAGAUAUUUUCGGAGAUAAAUCAAACACAAUCUUGGAUUUCGACGGAUAAUAUGAUUUUGGAGUGAGUGAUUUUCUCAUGAAAUUUUUUUCUUGGGGACAGUUCUAAUCUUUUAAAAUCAGGGGUCUUGGUUCAAGUGUAAAUUCGGAAAACAUUUCAUUAAAGUUUUUUUACCCCAAAAUUUAAAAACCUUUGAGUUCCUAAAUAAAUUCUGAAAAUAAUCAUUGCUCAGAUUAUAAAAUCAAACAUUUCAAAUAUUCUGUUUUCUCCCCAAAUACCGAUUUUUCCAGCCAGACCCGUCUGAAAAAUGCGAUCAAUAAUCAGCGAUUGAAAAUGGAAGUUUCAGUUUCACAGGUACUAGCCAACCACUUUUCCCCCACAAAUCCCCCUAUUUUUCAGAUGCUUUGCUAUCUUACCAACUCAAAAAUUGCCGCUUUUUCUCAUCUUCCAUACUGUAAUUAUAAGUUAAACAUGGGCUUGACGUUUUUCGGAAAAUCAUUCCUCGAACAAAAUUUUAUUGAUGAAUUUGCUGGUGGACCAUUCGAAUGUGCAAUUGAAAGUUUUUGCCCAGAUCCUUGCUGUAAAAAUCUACCGGAUGCUGUUAGAAUAUCGAAAAAGAUGCAGAAAAAAUGCGCUAGAAAUAAUUGUAAAAAUCCGGAAACUUGUUUGAUGAAAGCUGAGGAAAAUAGUUAUUUAUACAAUCUUCGCUUGAAUAAAUUUAAUAUAACUUGUGGAUGUACAGUACCUGGACAGGUUUAUCGAUCAGAUAUUGGGGAAUGUGUUAAUCAUAAUCAAUGUGCUAUUAAAAAUGUUUGUCGAGAACCUUUCAAAGAAUGUAUGAAUGUUGCUAGUGGUUAUAAAUGUGUAUGUCAACUUGGAUAUAAAAUGGUUGGUUUUUUCUGGGGACUACUUUUGAAUUUCAAAAUUCAUUUUCAUAUUUUUCGAAAAUGCUAUUUUUUUAGGUCGAAAACAAGUGUGUUGCCAUAAGUUUGCAAGGAGGUUUAACCGAAUUUCACGGAUUUUCAUAUAGCGAACCAUUGACAGGGGAAGCUUCGGAAAGCAAAGGAUUAUUUAAGUUUAUAGCGAUAAGUCUGAUUUUUUGGUUUAUUUGAAUGAAAACUGAAAAGGUUAUGUGUCAAAUUUUCGAAAAAUUUUCAUACAGAGCUACAGUAACCUUAAGAGUAAGAGCACAUCGUGGAUUUUUUUGCUAUGAAAAAGUGUUUCAAAAUGUUCGUGCUGACAUGAAAUUUUGUUUUUAGAUGAUCAACAACUAUUUGAAUUGAUACUUUUUUUCCAAAAAAAAAAAUCAAAGAUUGACCUUUAUCAAAAACAAAACAAGUCUACCUAGUACAUUUUGAGUGUGACCAAUUUCUCUGAAAAUGUUUACAAUCAAUCACGAGUAUUUAUUUAUCUUAUCAAAUUUGGAAUUCAAGGUAUCUAUUUAAGUUUCUCUUGAAACCCCCAAUCUUCACAAAAAACAAUGAAAUUCACCCUGGUUUUUCUAGUUGUUCUAUCAUUUUUCAUGCUAGCUUCAACUGCUCCUCAAAUUUCCAAGCAAAAAACCAAUCAAAGUGGUCAUAAGUUGGUGCAAGCAAUUGGCGGAGAUCAAAAAGGUUGGGCUAUUUUGCAAGGAUAA